AUGAACUUAGGUACUUUAGGUAGGUUAUUCAUCCCUUUCAAGGCUCGCGAUCAGUCGCGUGGCACUACUACCAGGGCACUUUCACCGCUUUCCUUUUUCGCUCCUGCCGGUCAGCACUUCCACAAGUCCAGCGUAUCGAAUAGAAUUAACUUAGGUACUAGUCUAGAGGAAAUGAGAAAGAAAAAUCUUCAGAGUCAUCUAUCUACCCUAGGCACAUAUUUGUGUCGCCGUUGGUGUCCAACAACGUUAGCGCCAGCAUAUGCAGACCGCUCAUGGCAAUUUUCAGCUCUGCUGAUCCCAGCCAUCGUAGGUCGUCAUUUCUGCAGGUUGCAUCGGGCGCGACUGCGACCCCAGGGUGCCGGUUGCAUGUCCUGGAGAGAAAGGGUGAGAUGUAAAUUUCUCCCUGGUGAGAGGCAGCUAGCUACCUAUGAUCCAUGUGAUGUUGAUGCCGAGAACCAACAACUGCUGAUUGUGAGUGAGGUGUUUCUCUUUCAGAUGGAUGGAACUGACCAAGGCAGGAAGACAGAGCCAGUCGUCGAUUUUGAGAUUAUGUCUCUUCUGCAAUCGAACCUUGAAGCGAGCAGCAACAGCAGUGAUACUCAGGACUAUAAACAAGAUGCUGACGGCGAGCGUACUGCCUCGGUUGACAUAAUACAUUCUCACAGGCCGGUCGAAGUCGUCGAAGGAACUUGA